GUAUCUGGUAAGUCUGUAAAAAGGAAAGAAAGAGAUGUCAAAGCUGUUGGCACGGAUUGCUGGGUAAUUGAGCAACCGAAAUUUGGUGGGUGUAGACAAAGGAGGUAGCCGUUACUUCACCAGAACAGAAGAGAUCGAUGGUAUCAUGAAAGAGAAAAGAUGGGUAGUAUUCAAGGGGGAGGAGGAUCCAACCUCACUUCCAGUUGAAUGGAUAUGCUGGCUGAAUGGACAGCGUAAAAGGGCUCCAACUCCUGAGGAACUGAUUGAGAUAGAGGCUAGGCGUGAACUUGUGAAGCAGAAUGUGGCUCUUCUCAAGCAAGAAGAAGAGGAAAGGAGAGCCAGAGAAGGCAGUUCUCGUAAAUCCACAAGCGCUGGUAAAACUGGAGGUCCAGACUUGAAAAGUUUCAUUCGCCAAUUUCCUUCUGCUUCUGAGGGUAACAAACUUGAGGAAGAAUCAGAUGCAGUGGAUAGAGCAAGAGAGGGAGAAGCUGGGGGAAAGAAAGCAAAAGAACCUUUGUCGGAGCAUUCAGAACCAUCUGGAUCUGGUUCAACCUUCAAGCCAGGGACAUGGCAACCACCAACAUGAGAUGGAUUACAUGAAUACAUAUACUGCGAACUUCUUUUUUGGAAAGAUUGAGAUUUUGGGGAGGUGAGGAUAAAUCGGAUAGGUUUAGCUUCAUAAUUUGUAUCAGCCAAAACAAAGCCGAACUCGGGUUCAUUCCAUUAAGCAGCAACAUCAGCCAUUCAAGAAGAUUUGGAGGGAUUCUCUGUGAAAGGAGUUUUAACUUUUUGAAAGACCCUUGUACCUUUAUUGGACGAGAACAUUGGCCUAAUAAACCUGUAGCUAAUAGCUCAUGCCAUCAUCGAGCUUCUCUCUGUUUUUU